UCAUCAGUAAUUCAAUUGUGAGCUUGACUCAGUUCAAACAAAUCAAAAAAUAGAAAUACAUAAAACAUAAAAUGUCGAUCGACAUCAAGCGACGCAGCCUGAAGAAGCGUAAUUCUGGAGGUGCAAAGUCCUACGAAGGCGAUUCGUUUGUGCAGAAUUUUGAGAAGCGAGGCGCACGAGAAAUUAUUAUAAUUGAUGCGGCCGGCAAGCCGGUGCGGUCCACUGUCAGCCAGAGGCGCACCUAUAUGUAUGCGGCUCAGCUGCAGCCACUGGCCAAAAUGUCACGCAACGUGGUCAGGGACUUGGAUCCGGCUAACGAUGUCACCUUUCUGCGCAUACGCUCCGAUUCGCACGAGGUGCACAUGUCCCUCAAUCCGGAAUUCAUUGUUGUGGUGAUUCAGAAACUCAAAAUACGAAAACACUGAGACAAUCACAGAGUAUAACUUUGUGAGUGUGUGCGUGGGCGUGUGUUAAUUUCAAAACACAUUCGAUUAAGUGAAUAAAACUGGGUAAAAGAUACAAGCUGCACAAACGAAAAUAGUUUUUGCUUUAACG